AUGAACUUCCUUUAUGUAUUCAUUCUCUUGUUUUCCUGGUCUCAAAUAUCUUCUGAAAAUAUUUUUUCUACCAAUACUACAAUUGCUCAUCCCGAAUCCGGUCUUUUUCUGGACUACGUGGGUCCUUAUACUCCAUCUGAAACAAUCAUCCACAAUUCAGCUAUUUUUCCCAUGACUAACCGUACAUGUCACUUUCUUCCACUUUCAGCAGUCGAACGAAUUUCUUCCUGUAAUUGGAUCUUACAACGGACUAAACGACUCAUUUCAGGCAUUAUUACUCUCGGAAUAGGAGCAGCUACUCUUGGACUAUCAGCUUCCAAUAGUAUUCAAAUAUCAGGUGUUCAAAAGGAAGUUGCUCUUGUGUCAAAAUCUCUUGCCGAACUGUCACAAGUCACACGGGUUUUUGGUGUUCAACUGGUCAAAAUCCAGUCUGAACACAUUCAGUUAGCUGAACAACUACAGAUGACUCAAAAACUUCUUGAAUCAGCUGUACCUACUAUUAAUAAUCACUCGGAAGCUAUUAAUGCUUUAGAAAGUCGUGUUUCCUUCUUACAAAUGCAGUUUCAACACUCAUUUCUCUAUCAGGCUAUUACUCAAAUUUUUCGAAAUGAUCUUACUCUUGCUUUUUUAGCGCCUCAAGAUCUUCAUACUGUUGUCUAUAGCGUCAUUCGUCAGGGCAAUCUUACUUUUAACCCACAUUUUGGAUCUUUGCCUCUAGCACAUAUCGUUACUCGACUUCUUGUCCGUCAACAACUCGAUUUCAUUCCCAAUACGUACUAUGAAACGUCAGACCCUUCUGAAAUUGGGCGCUUGGUUAUUACUAGUUACUUUGCAGUUCCUCGAUCAGAUCAAUCUCCCUUUCUCAUUUACAAAUUAAUUACUACUCCAUUUAUACAUGACAAUGAAACUGUUCAAUUAGCUCAAAUCCCCCAAUACUUGGCUAUCGAUCCAUCAAAUAAUGUCACAAUUGAGUGGUAUGAUCAGGAUAAUUCUAAAUGUGAUUUUCAGCUUAUGACUACUUGUCGGGAUACACCACCAUUUCGUUCUAUGUCAAAUAGUACUUGCGUUGGACAAAUCUUAGGUGGAUCAAUCUUGUCCAAAUGUCUAACAGUGUCAGUUCUACCUUCACCUUUUUUUCUUCGUCAACUUCGUGAUAAUCUUUGGGUUACUUCAUCGGCCCAAUCCUUACAUUGUGUGGUCAUUCCAAAAACAGAGUUCUCGAUGCCCUCCUUUCAAACAUCAAGUUUGAAUGAACAGCUCAUUCUUCCACCUGUAGCUCUCGUAAACGUCACAUCCGGUUCUACCAUCGCCUGUCCAGGUUUUUCACUCAUGGGUCGUCCCAUUGAACAGUCUUCUCCAUCAGUAGUCAUUUUAUAUAAUAAUACCUUAUUUCUCAAUAACAUUUCAGUAGUGGAUGUCCAUCGUCACAUUACCGGAAAUAGUACUUGGUCGAAAAGAAAGCUCAUGGGACGUGAACUGAAAGAAAUCAUGCGAUUUAUUGAACAACCACCCUUUAAUCCCACCGCUACUCUUUCACAUCCUAUGUACAUGUUUUCAUUGUAUAUGAUUUUUGUAGGUUUUAUUUUAACCAGCAUCACCAUCAUCAUCUACUGUGUGCGUCGAGGUUUUAUACGAUAUCUUCUACAAGGUCCUCGCGUAGUCUCACUUCCUCUUCCAUCGCUCACGAGUACCACCUAG